AUGGAGGCAAAUAAACUGUGAGUGUGAAUAGGUUCAAUAAGGAGGAGAAUUGAAAAUAUGCUUUUCCAUGUAGCCUUGUGGAUUGUUCGAUCUCUUGGCCAAUAUUAGGGUCAGGAAUUAAGUCAAUCUCCCUCCCUAUCGAUAGGACUCUAGAGCCAUAAAAUUGGAUCAUAUUUGUUUUGCCGUCAGCAACAUGUGGAAGAGCUUGGCAUGUGUCGUGAAACUGAACUAAUCUGUGAACCUGCGUUUCUGGAUUUAAUUAGUUUAUUCUAAACCAGACUAAGUUGAUCCAUUCCAAAGUCCUCUGCCAAAUCCAGGGAUCUGUUCCAAAAGCUGGUUUAAUCACAGAUUUCCUUCUGCUGCGAGUUGCAGAAAGAAACAUGUCGGCUUAGCUUAUGCUUAGGGUUUUGCACAGUGCACACAUAGUUUGUCCCCAGUAGAUGGAUGCAUAGACUAAGUAGUCGAAGGAGCUGCAUUUCCUGCCCUGUGAGAACAGCUGUUCAAGCGUCAAUCUCUCAGACCUGACCAAGUUUCUGUUCCUCUUACACUUCCAUCAUCCAUGUCCCAAUCUGUGGUAAUGGCUUCCAGUGCUGCAUGCCUGGAUCUCCGCUCAACCUGCUCCCUCCCUGUGCAGGUGGGUCUUUGGGAUUUAUUGAGAGUGGGAGUGAAGGAAGUGUCUGUUUUCUGUCUAAAUGACAUUAGGAAUGAUUAGUAAAAGUGCUGGCAGCUGCAGGGGAAGGAAGAGUCUGUUGGGCCAUGGGAAGAAUCUCAAUUGCAUACUCCUCGCGUCAUCUCUCCUCGCCUCCUCAAAACCCAUUGGAUGAGAAAGCCAGAGGUCCAAUGGGUUUUGAGGAGGAGGCAAGACGAGAAGACGCGAGCAGUAUGCAAUUGAGAUUCUCCAAUGUAGUCCUGAAUCCUCCUCGGUCCUCUUCACACAUCUGCCUGGUCAGGGAUGACCAAGGAAUGGUUAGCGCAGCGUGUCCCAAACUAGGGGUUGCCUGAUUUAGAAAAUGGGGUCGUGAGAAACUGAAGUAAAAUAAAUAAAAUCGUGCUUGGUUCAUAGAACCGGGGUUACGUCAGUAACCUCUGGUAGCUGCUAGAUGCGGUUGUAAUAAACAGAGCGGUUUCUGUUUUCUUUCUACAAGUGUGGCUCUUAUCUUUUUGAUCGGUUUCCCUCUACAAUGCCCACAAGCGGCGCAGGACUCCUUAGAACAGAGUGGACAAGACCAGGCACUAAAUCAGACUAGGGGAAAAAGAACAUCAUCAAUGAUGAUGUUCUUUUCUACGCAGAAGAUCAUACAAAAUUAUUGCCUGAUGUUCUUCUAUACUUCCCAAUACCUUUCUGAUGCAUUUCAGUCACUUCAAACCAUGCUUCCUUCAGAUUUAAAUACUGUCAAAAGUACUGUCAGACUGAUUUGUAAUAGACUGUCAUAGCCCCAAUGGAAAAAAAAGUAAUCAUUGGCUGUUGAUUGCAAAACAUAAAUAUUAAAAUGGGACCGCGGGCCAAACAAUGUUGGGAACCCCUGGGUUAGCCUAAUCAUCCACACAGUCAUGUUUGGUCCCUUCUUACAAUGGCUGAACAGUCUCUACAGGGAUCACAAUCGAAAUCACCUUUAUUCGGCAAGUACAUUUACACUUUAAGUCGGAAGUUUACAUACACUUAGGUUGGGGUCAUUAAAACUCGUUUUUCAACCACUCCACAAAUUUCUUGUUAACAAACUAUAGUUUUGGCAAGUCGGUUAGGACAUCUACUUUGUGCAUGACACAAGUAAUUUUUCCAACAAUUGUUUACAGACAGAUUAUUUCACUUAUAAUUCACUGUAUCACAAUUCCAGUGGGUCAGAAGUUUACAUAAACUAUGUUGACUGUGCCUUUAAACAGCUUGGAAAAUUCCAGAAAAUGUUGUCAUGGCUCUAGAAGCUUCUGAUAGGCUAAUUGACAUAAUUUGAGUCAAUUGGAGGUGUACCUGUGGAUAUAUUUCAAGGCCUACCUUCAAACUCAGUGCCUCUUUGCUUGACAUCAUGGGAAAAUCAAAAGAAAUCAGCCAAGACCUCAAAUCUUUUUUUGGACCUCCACAAGUCUGGUUCAUCCUUGGGAGCAAUUUACAAACGCCUGAAAGUACCACGUUCAUCUGUACAAACAAUAGUACGCAAGUAUAAACACCAUGGGACCACGCAGCCGUCACACCGCUCAGGAAGGAGACGCGUUCUGUCUCCUAGAGAUGAACAUACUUUGGUGCGAAAAGUGCAAAUCAAUCCCAGAACAACAGCAAAGGACCUUGUGAAGAUGCUGGAGGAAACAGGUACAAAAGUAACUAUAUCCACUGUAAAACGAGUCCUAUAUCGACAUAACCUGAAAGGCCACUCAGCAAGUAAGAAGCCACUGCUCCAAAACCGCCAUAAAAAAGCCAAACUACGGUUUGCAACUUCACAUGGGGACAAAGAUUGUACUUUUUGGAGAAAUUUCCUCUGGUCUGAUGAAAUAAAAAUAGAACUGUUUGGCCAUAAUGACCAUCGUUAUGUUUGGAGGAAAAAGGGGGUUGCUUGUAAGCUGAAGAACACCAUCCCAACCGUGAGGCACGGUGGUGGCAGCAUCAUGCUGUUGGGGUGCUUUGCUGCAGGAGGGGCUGGUGCACUUCACAAAAUAGAUGGCAUCAUGAGGAAGAAAAAUUAUGUGGAUAUAUUGAAGCAACAUCUCAAGGCCUCAGUCAGGAAGUUAAAACUUGGUCGCAAAUGGGUCUUCCAAAUGGACAAUGACCCCAAGCAUACUUCCAUAGUUGUGGCAAAAUGGCUUAAGGACAACAAAGUCAUGGUAUUGGAGUGGCCAUCACAAAGCCCUGACCUCAAUCCUAUAGAAAAUGUGUGGGCAGAACUGAAAACGCUUGUGUGAGCAAGGAGGCCUACAAACCUGACUCAGUUACACCAGCUCUGUCAGGAGGAAUGGGCCAAAAUUCACCCAACUUAUUGUGGGAAGCUUGUGGAAGGCUAACUGAAACGUUUGACCCAAGUUAAACAAUUUAAAGGCAAUGCUACCGAAUACUAAUUGAGUGUAUGUAAACUUCUGACCCACUGGGAAUGUGAUGAAAGAAAUAAAAGCUGAAAUAAAUCAUUCUCUCUACUAUUAUUCUGACAUUUCACAUUCUUAAAAUAAAGUGGUGAUCCUAACUGACCUAAAACAGGGAAUAUUUACUAGGAUUAAAUGUUAGGAAUUGUGAAAAACUGAGUUUAAAUGUAUUUGGCUAAGGUGUAUGUAAACUUCAGACUUCAACAGUACAUACACCCAUAAUUUGACCCGGUGAAAUGGUGCUGACGGCAAUAGACAAAAUAUAGGCCUAGGCGUACAAUACCCAUUUAAUCCUGCAGUUUUCAUGUGGGAAUGUCCCCUGGGUGUACAAAACAUUAGGAACACCUGCUCUUUCCAUGACAGGCUGACCAGGUGAAAGCUAUGAUCCCUUAUUGAUAUCACUUGUUAAAUCCACUUCAAUCAGUGUAGAUGAAGGGGAGGAUUUUUAAGCUUUGAGAAUUGAGACACAGAUUGCGUUUGUGUGUCAUUCAGAGGGUAAAUGGGCAAGACAAAAUAUUAAAGUGCUUUGAACGGGGUAUGGUAGUAGGUGCCAGGUGCACCGGUUUGAGUGUAUCAAGAACUGCAACGCUGCUGGGUUUUUCACGCUCAACAAUUUCCAGUGUAUCAAGAAUGGUCCACCACCCAAAGGACAUCCGGCCUACUUGACAGAACUGUGGGAAGCAUUGGAGUCAACAUGGGCCAGUCCAAUCCCUGCGGAAUGCUUUCGACACCUUGUAGAGUCCAUGCCCUGACGAAUUGAGGCUUCUCUGAGGGCAAAAAGGGGUACAACUCAAUAUUAGGAAGGUGUUCCUAAUGUUUUGUACACUCAGUGUAUGUUUAUUUUUCUUUCUUUCCCUCAGUUUUCUCAAAUGCAUUCUUCGCGUCCUUUUGAAUGAGUUCUGUUCUCAGCUGGUACAUUUUUCAUUACCCUGAGUGGUUAUGGGUGUCUAUUUGUGUUGUCAUAAUAAUCCGAUCAAGCUGCUUCUCGAAUCAGGAUAGAUCUUGAGAACCCUUUUUCCUCAUCAGUCAGUUUAAUUGCUGUCUUUAUACCCUGGAGUGGCCCACUCUGCCGCUCCUUCUGACAGUUCAGAGAAGAAAGUUGUGUAGAGCCCAGCUGUUUCCUGGCACUCUGACUUCUCUGCUCUGUGACUGGCAGGUCUACUGAUGGUGAUGGGAGAGAAAUGAGGCCUGACAGGAAAUGGCUGAUUGUUCUGUAUGGCCCACACUGAGUCCACAUUGAUCUUUAUGGACAUCUGGAGCCCUCCCAAGCUGCUCUCAGAACAGGCCCAGUCUGAACAGAGGAGUUAGGCCUUUGCUGGACAUAUAGGCUAAAUCAGAAGUCUGUUAAGACGAGCCUUACCCCUACUUAUCCUAACACCACCACCCUAAUACUCAAAGCACACCAUGUGCUGAUAUGCCAGGUACAUUAUCUGUAUAAGACAAAGAAGACAUGCUUCAUGCAGAAUAUGAAAAAGAUCAUGCUCCACAAUGUAUAUGAUAUAUCCACCAGUGUCUUUCAGUGUAUUUUGUUUUAUUGAUAUGAUUCUUAUGUUAGCCUAAUGUUUCAUGUGUGUGUUUUCAUGUGUCUUGCAGCACUAACGUGGUGAUGAACUACUCUGAGAUCGAGUCCAAGGUGCGAGAGGCCACCAACGAUGACCCAUGGGGUCCCUCUGGACAGCUCAUGGGAGAGAUCGCCAAGUAAGGGACAAGCACUGCACAACACUGUUCUAUCAAAUUUACAAAAACUAGCCUAGUAGUUGGCUGGGCGAUAUAUGUAUGUUCCAAAGACCUGUAUUGCAAUAAUAAUUUUAUAUAUAUACACUGCUCAAAAAAAUAAAGGGAACACUUAAACAACACAUCCUAGAUCUGAAUGAAUGAAAUAAUCUGAUUAAAUACUUUUUUCUUUACAUAGUUGAAUGUGCUGACAACAAAAUCACACAAAAAUUAUCAAUGGAAAUCAAAUUUAUCAACGCAUGGAGGUCUGGAUUUGGAGUCACCCUCAAAAUGAAAGUGGAAAACCACACUACAGGCUGAUCCAACUUUGAUGUAAUGUCCUUAAAACAAGUCAAAAUGAGGCUCAGUAGUGCGUGUGGCCUCCACGUGCCUGUAUUACCUCCCUACAACGCCUGGGCAUGCUCCUGAUGAGGUGGCGGAUGGUCUCCUGAGGGAUCUCCUCCCAGACCUGGACUAAAGCAUCCGCCAACUCCUGGACAGUCUGUGGUGCAACGUGGCGUUGGUGGAUGGAGCGAGACAUGAUGUCCCAGAUGUGCUCAAUUGGAUUCAGGUCUGGGGAACGGGCGGGCCAGUCCAUAGCAUCAAUGCCUUCCUCUUGCAGGAACUGCUGACACACUCCAGCCACAUGAGGUCUAGCAUUGUCUUGCAUUAGGAGGAACCCAGGGCCAACCGCACCAGCAUAUGGUCUCACAAGGGGUCUGAGGAUCUCAUCUCGGUACCUAAUGGCAGUCAGGCUACCUCUGGCGAGCACAUGGAGGGCUGUGCGGCCCCCCAAAGAAAUGCCACCCCACACCAUGACUGACCCACCGCCAAACCAGUCAUGCUGGAGGAUGUUGCAGGCAGCAGAACGUUCUCCACGGCGUCUCCAGACUCUGUCACGUCUGUCACAUGUGCUCAGUGUGAACCUGCUUUCAUCUGUGAAGAGCACAGGGCGCCAGUGGCGAAUUUGCCAAUCUUGGUGUUCUCUGGCAAAUGCCAAACGUCCUGCACGGUGUUGGGCUGUAAGCACAACCCCCACCUGUGGACGUCGGGCCCUCAUACCACCCUCAUGGAGUCUGUUUCUGACCGUUUGAGCAGACACAUGCACAUUUGUGGCCUGCUGGAGGUCAUUUUGCAGGGCUCUGGCAGUGCUCCUCCUCCUCCUCCUUGCACAAAUGCGGAGGUAGCGGUCCUGCUGCUGGGUUGUUGCCCUCCUACGGCCUCCUCCACGUCUCCUGAUGUACUGGCCUGUCUCCUGGUAGCGCCUCCAUGCUCUGGACACUACGCUGACAGACACAGCAAACCUUCUUGCCACUCCUGGAUGAGCUGCACUACCUGAGCCACUUGUGUGGGUUGUAGACUCCAUCUCAUGCCACCACUAGAGUGAAAGCACCGCCAGCAUUCAAAAGUGACCAAAACAUCAGGCAGGAAGCAUAGGAACUGAGAAGUGGUCUGUGGUCACCACCUGCAGAACCACUUCUUUAUUGGGGGUGUCUUGCUAAUUGCCUAUCAUUUCCACCUCUAUUCCAUUUGCACAACAGCAUGUGACAUUUAUUGUCAAUCAGUGUUGCUUCCUAAGUGGACAGUUUGAUUUCACAGAAGUGUGAUUGACUUGGAGUUACAUUGUGUUGUUUAAGUGUUCCCUUUAUUUUUUUGAGCAGUGUAUAUAUAUAUAUCAAUUUUUUUUUUUUUUUGGUCUCAUAUCCUUCGCUCCUUCUGUGCUGUGUGCGCUGUGCACCUUACCACUGGCAGACACCAAGCCCCUCCCCCUGCCACACAACAACAACAAAGAGCUAAAAGAUCACUUCUUCCUCUCUGACAACAAGCAGUUUCAACUUGUCUUUUGCCUUUGAGGUUUGGUCAGACAUAUAAUCGGUUAUAUGGGCACCGAAACACAUUGAGACAUUAUUUUACUGUAAUAGAGAAGAACUUAACCUUUGUAACAAUACCCUUUUUAUGUCUCAACUCCCAACUUUUUUAACAGAGCAGACCCUACCAAGACGGGAGUAUCAAUUAACAUAAUUGUGGGAAAUUAAUCCUGUCGCGCGCAGCAUUGUGCUACCACGUACCACCUAGAAUAAUUUUAGCCACAGACUGUUAUGUGCUAGCUGUUUAGUCUGUGUUUUAUAAAUGUGCAAUGAAUAUAAAAAUAUGCAACUCGUUCUCAUGCUGAGAAAUAAGCAUAUUUUUAUCCAGGUAGGCAACAUCUAAACAAAGUGAGCAGGCUAUGUUGUUCAAACAGUUGGAGACAGGCAGGAGGGUGUAUUCAUAACAGUUCAACUGUUCUAUCUCGUUAGCAAGCAAACAGAUCCAAGUGGUCUAGACUUUUAAUAUAAAGAUUAGAUGGUUACUCACUAGCAAUGGGCGUGUGCUUGAGAGAUUGUUUGAGACCUGUGUUCAUUUUCUAUAAUGGCUGCUACCAGAAGUUGGUCAUUAUUAGUGUAUGUGUAUGUUUCUGGUUACAUUUGUAACAAAACUGGCAUUUUCAUAGACUGACUUGAAAGCCAGAUCAGUGAUUAUUGCAAAAAAGCAGGUAAAACUAUUUUGAUAAAAUAAUUAAAUUAUUAGUUGGUCUUAUUGUUGAAGGCUUAUAUUUAGGCUUGGUAUAAUUUCACGAGCCCUAAAUUCAUUAGAUUAUUCCCGACUGUUUUUGAAAUGCGGUGUAUUGACCUUAAAUUGUGCAACAAAGCUUAUUUAGAGAAAAAUGAAUUUACAUCGAGUUAUACAUCGUGAAUCGCUAUUUGAAAAAAUAACUAUGAUUUUUAGGCAAUAUCGCCCAGCCCUAGUUGUGCAUUUACCAGUCCACACUCUAAUCUCAUCCUUAUUUCUUGAUCUGCCUCUCAGAUCUACGUUCAUGUACGAGCAGUUCCCCGAGGUCAUGAACAUGCUGUGGACCAGAAUGCUGAAAGACAACAAGAAGAACUGGAGAAAAGUUUACAAGGUGUGGAGAGUCUCCGUUCCACUGCUAAUGUUUCAUUCAUACGAUCAUGUAGAUUGCGGUGAGGAAGCCAUGUUGUUUCUAACUGUGUUGCUCCUCUCCCCCAGGCCUUACUGCUACUGGCAUACCUCAUCAGGAACGGAUCGGAGCGAGUCGUCACCAGUGCGAGGGAGCACAUCUACGACCUUCGCUCCUUGGAAAACUACCAUUUUGUUGGUAAGGAAUCAUUUGGGGCUGGCGCUGCACAGCAGCACAGAACGACGCAGAAAAGUGUGUAGCCUAAGCCUAGGUAUUGAUUCAUUCCAUAACCGUCCCACACUUCUCUUCUGAACCAAUCAGGAUGUCCUCAGUGGUGAGACUGUUGGUUCUCAGAUGGAACACCCAGGAGAAUUCAUUAGUGAGGAGGAAGUCUCCAUAGUUGGAGUACUGAAGUCAGUUGUAUCAUGUUCUGGUUUUAAAUUGGUAUAUGCACAUACAGUACCAGUGAAAAGUUUGGACACACCUACUCAUUCAAGGGUUUUUCUUUAUUUUUACUAUUUUCUACAUUGUAGAAUAAUAGUGAAGACAUCAAAACUAUGAAGUAACACAUAUGGAAUCAUGUAGUAACCACAAAAGUGUAAGUAGCCACCGUUUGCCUUGAUGACAGCUUUGCACACUCUUGGCAUUAUCUCAACCAGCUUUACCUGGAAUGCUUUUCCAACUGGCUUGAAGGGGUUCCCACAUAUGCUGAGCACUUGUUGGCUGCUUUUCCUUCACUCUGUGAUCCAACUCAUCCCAAACCAUCUCAAUUGGGUUGAGGUCGGGUGAUUAUGGAGGCCAGAUCAUCUGAUGCAACACUCCAUCACUCUCCUUCUUGGUCAAAUAGCCCUUACACAACCUGGAGGUGUGUUGGGUCAUUGUCCUGAUGAAAAACAAAUGAUAGUCCCACUAAUCGCAAACCAGAUGGGAUGGAGUAUCGCUGCAGAAUGCUGUAGUAGCCAUGCUGGUUAAGUGUGCCUAGAAUUCCAAAUAAAUCACAGACAGUGUCACCAGCAAAGCACCAUCACACCUCCUCCUCAAUGCUUCACGGUGGGAACCACACAUGCGUAGAUCAUCCGUUCACCUACUCUGCGUCUCACAAAGACAUGGCGGUUGGAACCAAAAAUCUCAAAUUUUGACAGAUUUCCCCGGUAUAAUGUUCAUUGCUCGUGUUUCUUGGCCCAAGCAAGUCUCUUAUUAUUAUUGGUGUCCUUUAGUAGUGGUUUCUUUGCAGCAAUUCAACCAUGAAGGCCUGAUUCACGCAGUCUACUAUGAACAGUUGAUGUUGAGAUGUGUCUGUUACUUAAACUCUGUGAAGCAUUUAUUUGGGCUGCAAUUUCUGAGGCUGGUAACUCUAAUGAACUUAUCCUCUGCAGCAGAGGUAACUCUGGGUCUUCCUUUCCUGUGGCAGUCCUCAUGAGAGCCAGUUUCAUCAUAGCGCUUGAUGGUUUUUGCGACUGCACUUGAAGAAACUUUCAAAGUUAUUGAAAUGUUCUGGAUUGACUAACCUUCAUGUCUUAAAAUAAUUAUGGACUGUUGUUUCUCUUUGCUUAUUUGAGCUGUUCUUGCUGUAAUAUGGACUUGGUAUUUUACCAAAUAGGGCUAUCUUCUGUAUACCUCCCCUACCUUGUCACAACACAACUGAUUGGCUCAAACGCAUUAAGAAGGAAAGAAAUUCCACUAUUUAACUUUUAACAAGGCACACCUGUUAAUUGAAAUGCAUUCCAGGUGACUACCUCAUGAAGCUGGUUGAGAGAAUGCCAAGAGUAUGCAAGGUAAAGGGUGGAUACUUUGAAGAUUUGUUUAACACUUGUUUGGUUACUACAUGAUUCCAUAUGUGUUAUUUCAUAGUUUUGAUGUCUUCACUAUUAUUCUACAAUAUAGAAAAUAGUAAAAAUAAAGAAAACCCUGGAAUGAGUAGGUGUGACCAAACCUUUGACUGGUACUGUAUGUAAUGUGCACAAAUGAACAGUAUUUAAAUCAUGAAGUUGAGUUUCUCUUUAGAUACCAACUGUAUGCAUUUGUGAUUUGCUAUGACAGAGGUAAAAACCUUUGAUGGGUUCUGUACAUGUUUUGUUUCAUGUUUUUGGCCUAGCCUGAAUAGCUCGCCACGUGUUUUCAGUUGCAGAACACCACAUGCUUUGGAGGCUAAUGCCAUCACAAGAAUGUGAGAAACUCUGAACAUGUGCAUUCCAAACAUAGCUUGCUGUCCCUGUCAAAUUGGGACCUUGUAGCAGUCGUAAGGACAAAGAUUCAGCAGGAGACAUACAUACAUACAUACAUACAUACAUACAUACAUACAUACAUACAUACAUACAUACAUACAUACAUACAUACAGUGGAUAUAAAAAGUCUACACACCCCUGUUAAAAUGCCAGGUUUUUGUAACAUAAAAGAAUGAGACAAAGAUAAAUCAUGUCAGAACUUUUUCCACUGUUAAUGUGACCUAUAAUGUGAACAAUUCAAUUGAAAAACAAACUGAAAUCUUCGAGGGGGAAAAAUGAAACAUAAAAACCUUCCAAUAACCUGGUUGCAUAAGUGUGCACACCCUCUUAUAACUGGGGAUGUGGCUGUGAUCAGAAUUAACCAAUCACAUUCAAACUCAUGUUAAAUAGAAGUCAUUACACACCUGCCAUCAUUUAAAGUGACUCUGAUUAAUCACAAAUAAAGUUCAGCUGUUCUAGUAGGAUAUUCCUGACAUUUUCUCAGUUGCAUCUCAGAGCAAAAGCCAUGGUCUGCAGAGAGCUUCCAAAGCAUCAGAGGGAUCUCAUUGUUGAAAGAUAUCAGUCAGGAGAAGGGUACAAAAUAAUUUCCAAAGCAUUACAUAUACCAUGGAACAAAGUGAAGACAGUCAUCAUCAAGUGGAGAAAAUAUGGCACAACAGAUCCAUUACCAAGAACUGGACGUCCCUCCAAAAUCUAUGAAAAGACGAGAAAACUGGUCAGGGAGGCUUCCAAGAGGCCUACAGCAACAUUAAAGGAACUGCAGGAAUUUCUGAAAUUUCUGGCAAGUACUGGCUGUGUGCUAUAUGUGACAACAAUCUCCCGUAUUCUUCAUAUGAAUGGGCUAUGGGGUAGGGUGGCAAGACAGAAGCCUUUUCUUACAAAGAAAAACAUCCAAGCCCGGCUGAAAAUUGCAAAAACAAACAUCAAGUCCCCCAAAAGCACGUGGGAAAAUGUGUUAUGGUCUGAUGAAACCAAGGUUGAACUAUUUGGCCAUAAUUCCAAAAGGUAUGUUUGGCGCAAAAACAACACUGCACAUCACCCAAAGAACACCAUACCCACAGUGAAGCAUGGUGGUGGCAGCAUCAUGCUUUGGGGCUGUUUUUCUUCAGCUGGAACCGGGGCCUUAGUCAGGGUGGAGGGAAUUAUGAACAGUUCCAAAUACCAGGCAAUUUUGGCACAAAACCUUCAGGCGUCCGUUAGAAAGAUGAAGAUGAAGAGGAAGUUCACCUUUCAGCACGACAACGACCCAAAGCACUCAUCCAAAAGCAUGGCUUCACCAGAAGAAGAUUAACAUUUUGGAAUGGCCCAGCCAGAGCCCAGACCUGAAUCCAAUUGAACAUCUCUGGGGUGAUCUGAAGAGGGCUGUGCACAGGAGAUGUCCUCACAAUCUGACAGAUUUGGAAAGAAGAGUGGGCAAAUAUUGCCACGUCAAGAUGUGCCAUGCUAAUAGACUCCUACCCAAAAAGACUGAGUGCUGUAAUAAAAUCAAAAGGAAGUAUUCGUUUAAGGGUGUGCACACUUAUGCAACCAGGUUUUAUUUUUCCCCCUCAAAGAUUUCAGUUUGUUUUUCAAUUGAAUUGUUCAUGUUAUAGGUCACAUUAAAGGUGGAAAAAGGUCUGACAUGAUUUAUCUUUGUCUCAUUCUUUUACAUCACAAAAACCUGGCAUUUUAACAGGGCUGUGUAGACUUUUUAUAUCCACUGUAUGUAUGUACGUACAUACAUUUUAAAUUUUAGUCAUUUAGCAGAUGCUCUUAUCCAGAGCGACUAACAGUUAGUGAGUGCAUAGAUAUAUUUUAUUUAAUACUGGUCCCCCGUGGUACAUACAUACAGUGAGGGGAAAAAAGUAUUUGAUCCCCUGCUGAUUUUGUACGUUUGCCCACUGACAAAGAAAUGAUCAUUCUAUACUUUUAAUGGUAGGUUUAUUUGAACAGUGAGAGACAGAAUAACAACAAAAAAAUCCAGAAAAACGCAUGUCAAAAAUAUUAUGAAUUGAUUUGAUUUUAAUGAGGGAAAUAAGUAUUUGACCCCCUCUCAAUCAGAAAGAUUUCUGGCUCCCAGGUGUCUUUUAUACAGGUAACGAGCUGAGAUUAGGAGCACACUCUUAAAGGGAGUUCUCCUAAUCUCAGCUUGUUACCUGUAUAAAAGAUACCUGUCCACAGAAGCAAUCAAUCAAUCAGAUUCCAAACUCUCCACCAUGGCCAAGACCAAAGAGCUCUCCAAGGAUGUCAGGGACAAGAUUGUAGACCUACACAAGGCUGGAAUGGGCUACAAGACCAUCGCCAAGCAGCUUGGUGCGAAGGUGACAACAGUUGGUGCGAUUAUUCGCAAAUGGAAGAAACAAAAAAGAACUGUCAAUCUCCCUCGGCCUGGGGCUCCAUGCAAGAUCUCACCUCGUGGAGUUGCAAUUAUCAUGAGAACGGUGAGGAAUCAGCCCAGAACUACACAGGAGGAUCUUGUCAAUGAUCUCAAGGCAGCUGGGACCAUAGUCACCAAGAAAACAAUUGGUAACACACAACGCCGUGAAGGACUGAAAUCCUGCAGUGCCCGCAAGAUCCCCCUGCUCAAGAAAGCACAUAUACAGGGCCGUCUGAAGUUUGCCAAUGAACAUCUGAAUGAUUCAGAGGAGAACUGGGUGAAAGUGUUGUGGUCAGAUGAGACCAAAAUCGAGCUCUUUGGCAUCAACUCAACUCGCCGUGUUUGGAGGAGGAGGAAUGCUGCCUAUGACCCCAAGAACACCAUCCCCACCGUCAAACAUGGAGGUGGAAACAUUAUGCUUUGGGGGUGUUUUUCAGCUAAGGGGACAGGACAACUUCAUCGCAUCAAAGGGACGAUGGACGGGGCCAUGUACCGUCAAAUCUUGGGUGAGAACCUCCUUCCCUCAGCCAGGGCAUUGAAAAUGGGUUGUGGAUGGGUAUUCCAGCAUGACAAUGACCCAAAACACACGGCCAAGGCAAUAAAGGAGUGGCUCAAGAAGAAGCACAUUAAGGUCCUGGAGUGGCCUAGCCAGUCUCCAGACCUUAAUCCCAUAGAAAAUCUGUGGAGGGAGCUGACGGUUCGAGUUGCCAAACGUCAGCCUCGAAACCUUAAUGACUUGGAGAAGAUCUGCAAAGAGGAGUGGAACAAAAUCCCUCCUGAGAUAUGUGCAAACCUGGUGGCCAACUACAAGAAACAUCUGACCUCUGUGAUUGCCAGCAAGGGUUUUGCCACCAAGUACUAAGUCAUGUUUUGCAGAGAGGUCAAAUACUAUUUCCCUCAUUCAAAUGCAAAUCAAUUCAUAACAUUUUUGACAUGCGUUUUUCUGGAUUUUUUUGUUGUUAUUCUGUCUCUCACUGUUCAAAUAAACCUACCAUUAAAAUUAUAUACUGAUCAUGUCUUUGUCAGUGGGAAAAUGUACAAAAUCAGCAGGGGAUCAAAUACUUUUUUCCCUCACUGUACAUACAUACAUACAUACAUACAUACAAACUUCUGACUUUAAAUGUCAGCAUACCAAAAUAAAAAGCCUGUCAUCAGGCAAAAUCUGUCUUAACCAAUAAAGCACAGGUGUUGUCUACCAGGCUCCGAUACAGCAUGAAUGUAAUAAUCUACUUAAUGAAAUACCAGAAAUGACCGUAACCAAACAUUCUAGAUUACUUGGUGAAUUGCAGGGAUAAACGGUAACAUCAAGACUAAAUAUAUAUUUGUGAUAUAGCUGGGAAUUAAUAAAGAUUUACAAACUAUUGACACAAUGAAAUAAUCAGUGGGAACAAAUUGGCAGGAGUCGGUGCACAUUAGGGGAAAUACAUAUCUAUAGCGCAUCUUCGCCACUCUCCCUCUUAUUGUUAUUAUUAUUAUUAUUAUUGUUGGUGGUUAUAUGAGAUUGCAUCACUACUUUUAAUAUGCUCAGGGAAGUACUGUUUUGGAGGCACAAUUUUGGUUCCAGUUACAUUUAGAAGUUGUGAAUGUUGCUCAGAACGUUCUUUCCAGAGCUGAACUACAUACAGCGGUUUGCUUUCAACUUAAUUUCAGUCUACACAACUUCACCUAGAGCCAAGUGACUGAUCCUCAGAGUGUUCGUAGUUUCAGUGAGUGACUGAAUGACUCAAAGUACAUGAUGUGGUUAGAGCAGUGACCCAGUAAUGCCCAUUUAGGGGUCUAGGACUAUCUACAGGCAAAACAAGCCUGUCUAGAGAUGCACACAGACCUUUGUAAAAGGUCAGAUAACGUUUAGGUACAUUGCAGCCUAAAUCUCAUUACAUUCAUCAUGGUUAUUGUCCCUUAAGGAUAGGUAGCUAGAAAUGUGGGUUCUCUCUCUAGAAGUUCAGUUUAUCUUGAGAAAUGCACAACUCUGGUAAAGUUGACCUGUUGUGGCAGAUACCCCCCCUCUACCAGACACUCAUCCACUUUUCAAGCUUAUUUGGCUUGUUCUGUUCCCCCUCUCUUUUGCUCCCUUAGCCAAAACAAAUGUCACUUUGUUUGCUGACUGUGUUGACUUCCCCUUUAACUGCUUACACUAUCACCCCCCGUCACUAUGGAGAAUAAGCCCUCAGGGUUAUGGAUGGGGUUGAUUCUAUUGUCAGUUUUCCAAUAAAAUGAGCACAACCUGGAAUGUUGGCACGAAUGUGGGAAGCCAAAAGUUAAAUGAUUUCCAUACUUUAAUUUGGUGAAUGCUAGUAAACUAAGGUUCCUAUCCUGUUGUAUGCUGCCAGAUGAGAGUGGGAAGGAUCAGGGCAUCAACGUGCGUCAGAAGGUGAAGGAGAUGGUGGAGUUUGUCCAGGAUGACGACCGGCUCCGGGAGGAGAGGAAGAAGGCCAAGAAGAACAAGGACAAGUACAUCGGGGUGUCCUCAGACUGCACUGGAGGAGGAGGCAAGACCAGCCGUAAGUGUCACCACACGGGGGGGAGGGCACAUUAUCUGUGAUGCUCUGAUAAAGGUGUGUAAGAUAGAAUGUGGUAUUGUCUCUCAGCUCCAUGCUCUCACAAAUGAGAUUUUAUGCUGUCACAAAGUUCGUAAGGGACGUUCCCCUCAGUCAGCAGGGGCAUUUUCCCUGUAAGCAGACAUACAAGGUGCAAGUAAGUAAGUAAGUAAGUAAACACACUGACUGAUUUACCGCUAGUCACUGUGAGUCUCUCUCUCUGCAGGCCUCGGUCUGUCAGUCUACAGACUCAGAAGGCUUCCAGAAUAUCACACCUCAUUCCCCUCUAUUCCCCACAGACCUCUCCCUCCCUCACGCCCCCUCCCUCACGCCCCCUCCCUCACGCCUCCUCCUCACUGAUCUUUUGAUUAGAACUGUUUUCACUCCGGGGCCAAUCACGUCUUCUCUCCUCUCACAUCUUCAUCUGUGAGAUUUCUGAUCAUGUUUGUACGAGAGAAACCUCUCCAUUCAUGUAACGGAACAUAUCUUCCACAAAUCCCUUUUUGAUUUGCUCUUUCUGAUCUGCUAUUCCGAUAUCUAAUCAAGGGGGUUGGCGGGUCCCUUGCCAUUUCAUUAGGAUUGGGUUGGAGACAACUCACUAGAGUUUGCACUUUAUUUCCAUGUGCCAUUCAUUGAUUCCUCCCUUUGAUUCCUGAUAUCUUUGAUUUGCUGCUGUGAUUUCCCACUUCAUUAGUCAAACGAGAGUUCCCAUUUGUCAAUUAAUGAUGUGGUAGGGGUAGUUAUUUUUGUCACAGGAUCAAAAUACCACAGCGAUGGGAGACAUUCAUCUAGAAUGUUCAUCUAGGACGCUCGCUCUGUUUCAGCAGACACUGUAGCUGUGAUAUGUUUGUGUUGGCAAUGGGCCCAUUAUCAAUGUGGAAUAAACAAUUAUCUGUUACAUAUCAUAAUUGGCAUUCCAGAUAGAUCCAGUAUAUUUCCACAAUGGCUAUCAUAAUGUUAGUGAAGUCCUGAGUGGCGCAGUGGUCUAAGGCACUGCAUCGCAGUGCUAACUGUGCCACUAGAGAUCCUGGUUCGAAUCCAGGCUCUGUCGCAGCCGGCCGCGACCGGGAGACUCAUGGGCGGCGCACAAUUGGCCCAGCGUCGUCCAGGGUAGGGGAGGGAAUGGCCGGCAGGGAUGUAGCUCAGUUGGUAGAGCAUGGCGUUUGCAACGCCAGGGUUGUGGGUUCGUUUCCCACGGGUUCGGCCAGUAUAAAAAAAAAUAUAUAUGUAUUCACUAACUGGAAGUCGCUCUGGAUAAGAGCGUCUGCUAAAUGACUAAAAUGUAAAUGUAAAGUGAGGCUCACUCAGCAUAGCUACAAGACAUUCUAAUGGUACCAAAACACACUUGAUUUUUCAGCACAUGUAAACCCUGUUUCCCCCCUCUCUGCCCCUCAGCGGGAGAAAUGUUUGACUCGGAGCCCAGAGGGAAGUGGGAUGAGGACUGGGACAAGAGCAAGGGAGCCUUCCCCUUCAGUGAGAAGCUGGGAGAGAUCAGCGACAAGAUCGGCAGCACCAUCGACGACACCAUCAACAAGUUCCGCAAGAAGGAGAAGGAUGACUCGCCCGACAGAAUCAGGUAUUGCCGAGUGUAUUUAAGUACGCUGGCCAAAACGCUUAAGUCAAUACAAAUCUACUUGAUAAUGGAUCAUUUCUUCUUGAAAGACCUAAUAUAAGAUAAUCUUCACUUUUUUAAUGUGUUCUUUGGGUCCUUUUCUAUCUCCCCCAGUGACGACGAAGAGGACAGGGUAUCGCGGAACGGCCGGCCGUUGUCAGGGUCGGAAUCAGGGAAUCUGUCGGGGAUGGAGUUCAAAGACGAGGAGGAGACUGUUACGACCAAGAGCGUCCAGAUCACCCAGGCAACAGAGACCACCACCACCACACGCAAACGGGGCGGCGUCCCAUCCAAAACCGUGGACCUGGGGGCCGCCGCACACUACACAGGGGACAGGAGCAGUCUGGACGCAGACAACGCCAAGGUACCACUGCCCUUGUGUACCACUCUGACCGCUGACCUAGGCCGCUACUGUACGUCAGCGGAGGCCUGUAGCAGGGAUGGACUCCACACAGCACCUGCUUUUGAAGCCUGUAGAGAACACUGUUGUAUUGACUGCAUCAUCUAUUUUCAUCAGUGCGUUUUUAUUGAGACUGAAGCACAAGAUGGUGGUAAUUUCCAGUGGGACAGAAGGCAGGCCGUGUUUCAUCUGUUCUGACUGUCUAAUGACAUGAUAGAUGUGGAUGGCAGGAGGAAUAGGGAACAGUAGGAGAUCCUGUGCUGCCUAUUCCUGACUGUUUCUAGACCAAUGCUGCCCUCUUGUGGCUGCUCUAAGAAGUGUAGCACCCCGUUUUAUUCCAACUCCAUUUAAACAACCAUUCUCUUUCUCUUGUCUUCAGACGUCGGUCAGCCAGACUUCAAGCAGUGGCCUUGCAGACCUUCUGAUGGUGGACUCUGGGUCCAGUCAGGCGGCACCAGCAGGUAAGACUGAUCACUCACUCAUCUAAUGAGUCACUCAACCACAGUGGUAUAGACAUAUUGAGAAGAGCUUGGUAUUCAAAGUGAUGGCACUCUAAAGUAAGAUGGCUCAAAGCCAUCGACGUAUAGAAUUGCCCUGAACAGCUCCUCCAGAAUCGUCUGUGAGUAGUCGAGGAGGGGAAGGCCGGAGGCAGGCAGGCCUAAGAGGCCCAGAUGUCAGGCAGCUUAGCUAGAUGAGAGAAGUGUGGUGGCAGAGCAUGGCAUGGCCAGCUGUCUGAGGCUGAGGCAGUCUCUGGUGGGAAGGGAGUGCUGCAUGCACACACACACACGCACACAGAUGCUGCUGUCCCUGCUCAUCGUGUCCUUGCCUCCUCCAACCAAACAGCUGGGGCCUGUCUCACACACUUAGCCAUACACUCUGGGAGGGAGGUAGAGGAAGACAUCCUCAUCACCUCCGCUGUCACACUCUGUUCUCACUCUCUUUCACUGUGUGUGUGUGUGUGUGUGUGUGUGUGUGUGUGUGCGCCAUUCCAGGUGGAAGUUCAGACCUCAUCGGUGGCUUUGCUGACUUCUCUUCUCCAGCUGCCUCUGCCAGUCUCCCUUCAUCAGCCGGUACGUCUCACUGCUUUCUCUCGCCAUCGUCUGAACGCUAUCCUCUUUCUGUAUCACAGCUCCGACAUUAAUCUUAGGCAGGCCGCUCCCACUUCCCAAUGACAGGGAGUCGGGUUAAAUCCAGCAGAAAGGUUUUCAUAAACCUAGGAGCAGCUUGUGAGGGGAGAACAGAAGAGGUGAAUACCUUAGUACAGAAGCACCCAUGACAGAGAUAUUUUGAGGAUCCAAAGGCCCUCCUCCCGUUCCUCUCCGCGCCAUCUCCUGCUGAGGGGUUUGUGGUUGCGGCCCACGUCCUGUCCUGUGGAAGGGAAGGUGGUGAAAUAUUGAUGAGUCACUACCUCCUGAGCCUUAUGAGGACAGACACCUGUCAGCUCCCAUUUGAUACAGCUUAUCUCCCUCAUCCUCCACCCUCCGCUCUGCUCUAGAUGGAUGGAUGGAUGGAUGGAUGGAUGGAUGGAUGGAUGGAUGGAUGGAUGGAUGGAUGGAUGGAUGGAUAAAAAGAGAGAGGGAUGGAUGGAGGGAAGAUGAGAGGGCAAGUCUUUGGCAGUUUAUCUGCUAUCUAGAUUGGAUUUACACUGUACAAAACAUCUCUUUCCAUGACGUAGACAUAGGUGAAUCCAGGUGAAAGCUAUGAUGCCUUAUUGAUGUCACUUGUUAAAUCCACUUUAAUCAGUGUAGAUGAAGGGGAGGAGACAGGUGAAAGAAGGAUUGAGACAAUUGAGACAUGGAUUGGGUAUGUGUACCUUUCAAAUUGUGAAUGGGCAAGACAAAAUAUUGAAGUGCCUUUGAACGGGGUAUGGUAGUAGGUGCCAGGCGCACCCGUUUGAGUGUGUCAAGAACUGCAACGCUGCUGGGUUUUUCACGCUCAACAGUUUCCAGUGUGUAUCAAGAAUGGCCCACCACCCAAAGGACACCCAGCCAACUCGACACCUUGUAGAGUCCAUGGCCUGACGAAUUGAGGAUGUUCUGAGGGGAAAAAGGGGGUGCAACUCAAUAUUAGGAAGUUCUAAUCAGUCAUUAUCAGAGUCCUCCCUGGAUUUCUAUGUGUGUGUGUGUUCCCUGCAGUACCCUCUCAGGUGUCAGGUCCCAUCAGCACUGUGCUAUGUGUGUGCUGAUACUCCCCUUGGGCGAUCUCUGCCUGACAGGGUGCACAUCGCCCUUUCAGAAGAAAUCGCACAUGUAUGCCCCAUGCCUUACUUAUUUAUCUUCAAGUUGACACUGUGGAUAAUAAAAUCUUUACUUAUUUUGAAAAAAUAUUUUAAGAUAAGCACAGCAACUCAUUUAUUUUUUCAAAGAAAAAUCACCAAAAUUGUUUCAUUUAAAAUCUUUGGGAUGAGGGUGGUUAGAGAUUCAUAGAUAUGAAUCUGGUGUAUUCUUUCAUUUUCUAAAUGAGCCUCUAUUCUCUCCCUAGGGCCAGGGUCAAAUGGGAAUGGUGAGUUUGGGGACUGGACUGCGUUCUCCAGUCCUCCGGCCACCACUCCUCCAUCUCAGCCAAUCACAGACCUGUUUGGUAGCAUUCAGCCUCAACUAGCCUCGGCCCCCACCCCGCCCUCAGCUGACCUCUUUGACCUGAUGGGCUCCAAUCACACCUCCCUCAGCACCUCCCAAAGCAUGACCUUCUCAAUGUGUGGUACCCAGAGUGUGGGCGUUGCCAACAAUGGCCUGCCCAUCUCCAGAUCACAGGUACGGGUGGCUCACAGGCCUCCACCUCACUACACGAGCCAUUGUUAUAGAUAGGGGUGCCUCAUUAUCACUGAAGAUACGUUGUGAAUACAAAGAAGGAUGUAUGUUGUGUGAUUGUAGGAUUGGUGAAUGUCUUGUCUCUUCUUUGGGUUGAUGUAGAACUUUGGGCCAAUGCAGGGGGGCUUAUUGCCGCAGCACAUGGGACUCCAGAAGCCCUCCCUCCCCCCCACGUGGUCGGAACCCAGCGUUAACAUCAGCCUGGACUUCCUGUCUCCUGGUAUGCAGAUGGCCAACUGUAAGCCCAGCCUCAAUAUGUUACAGCAAGGUCUGUUAUUAACUCACGCUCUCCACUUAUUUCUCUCACUUGUAAUGUGAAUAUCUGUGUGUCAGUGCAGGGAGAUUGAAAUGAGAGUAAUAUCACCAUAUUUGUCAUUUCAGAUCCCCUGCUUCCAGGAGUCCAAUCACCCAUCAACCUGGCUCAGAGUUUUGGAGGCCUGAAUCUGAACAUCCAGCCCACAGCCACACCCAUCAGACCUCCCACCAACCCCAUGAUGCCCACCAGCGCCAUGGGCCUGGGCAUGCCUCUCACCAUGGCAACAGGUACCAUGGGGAUGGGCGCCAUGAGAAUGGGAGGAGUGCCUGUCAAUCAGGGAAUCAUGGGAAUUAACAUGGGCGUGGCCCCCGCAGGCAUGGGCCUGCAAGGCACCCUGGGUAUGCCAGGAAUGGGCAUGGGGCAGCCCAUGGUCAACCCCGCCAUGGUGCAACCCAAACAAGAUGCCUUCGCAAACUCCGUCAACUUCGGGAAAUGAGAGCGCUAAAGGAUUUGUGUGGAAGAGUAUCGGUCAGAAUACACCAUUUUGAAGGAAAAGCUACUACUUGAAAAAUAUCUGAUGGUGUUACCCUUCAAUCCCUA